UUUGAUACACAUUUUUCAUAUCAAUUUUUAAUUCUAAUACCCAAUUUACUUUAUCGCACUAAACAUCAAAAACAUCAAUGUCAAGGAAAUAAAGUUAGUACUAGUAGUUGAUUUGCUUUUGAUUUCUAUUACUAGUAUAAAGUAGUGUCUACCUUUGUACUAGAAAAUCAAACAAACAUAGAAAAAGAGAGUGAGAAAACAUUUAACUUGUGAAGAAAAAAAACAUGGCAAACACCAACACCGGAGCAGUCAAUGGCGACGCUAACAAACACAUUGUUCGAGCCACUGUCGUUCAGGCUUCCACCGUCUACUACGACACUCCGGCCACUUUAGAUAAGACUGAGAAAUUGCUGGCUGAAGCUGCUAGCGAUGGAGCCCAGAUUGUUGUCUUUCCAGAGUCAUUCAUUGGUGGCUAUCCGCAUGGUGCUAAUUUCAGUAUUUCCAUUGGUAUCCGCCCAGACAAAGGUAGUGAAGAUUUCAGAAAGUAUCAUGCAUCUGCCAUUGAUGUGCCUGGUCCUGAGGUUGAUAGAUUGGCAGAAAUGGCGGCAAAGUAUAAAGUAUAUUUAGUGAUGGGUGUAAUUGAGAGAGAUGGUUACACACUUUAUUGUAGUAUUCUAUUCUUUGAUUCUGAAGGUAAUUACUUAGGAAAGCACAGGAAACUGAUGCCAACAUCAAUUGAACGUGUUAUAUGGGGAUUUGGAGAUGGAUCAACCAUUCCAGUGUUUGAUACUCCAAUUGGAAAAAUAGGUGGUGUGAUUUGUUGGGAGAAUAAGAUGCCACUGUUAAGGACAGCCAUGUAUUCUAAAGGUGUGCAGAUAUAUUGUGCACCAACUGCUGAUGCCAGGCCGGUGUGGCAAGCAACGGCGAUUCAUAUUGCACUUGAAGGUGGAUGUUUCUUUUUGUCGUCGAACCAGUUUUGUAGGAGGAAGGAUUAUCCACCUGCUCCAGAGUAUAAUUUCGAAGGUGCAAAAGAGAAACUUACACCUGAUUCAGUUGUAUGUGCUGGAGGUAGUGUUAUUAUAUCACCUUUAGGUGAGGUUUUGGCUGGACCAAAUUAUGAAGGGGAGGGUCUCAUAACAGCAGACUUAGAUCUUAGGGAUAUUCCAAGAGCUAAGUUUGAAUUUGAUGCUGUUGGACACUAUUCCAGACCUGAAGUCCUCCGCUUGAUUGUCAAUGACCAACCAGCAAAUCCAGUUACUUUUAAAUCCAACACAACAAAAGCAGAAGAGGAGACCAACUAGUUUAUGGAUGCAUCCAUUGUAUUUGCCUUCUCCAUUAAGGCAUAUGAUCUAGUAUAAUAAGUUUCUCUUGUACCCUGUACCACUAUCUUCUGAAUUAUCUUCCUAUUUCAUGUAUAUGAGCGUGUACUUUUUUCAUUUUGUGAUAAAAUAAGUAUCUUUCUGUUUCA